AUGUGUUUAUUCUAUUUUUCAGAAUGCUGGCAGCUAACAAUAAAAAGCGUGAACGUACCAGCGAUGGUGAAGGCCGACGAGACCGAUUACGUGAUUCUGGACUGCGACUACGAUCUUGAAAACACGCCGAGUAAUGGACUAGUCGUGAAAUGGUUCUUCAACACCAAUGAAGUGGCUUACCAAUGGAUAUACGGGAGGGAUCCUCUCGCUGGUGAUACUACGCGAAAGUACGUCGACCUGAAGUACAAAGCCAGUGACGACCCGUUCACCAAGUACCGAGCUAUGAAACUGAAUAAGCCCAGUAUUGAUUUAACCGGCGAGUACACGUGCGUCAUAUCUACCUACGCGGACGAGCAGUCUGCGAGCGCCUCCAUGAUUGUGUAUUCGACGGAGGAUAAAUUCAAUCUUGCAUACAAAAAGAAAACCAUAGACGACAAGGACGGCGUGGAGAUAACGUGUAUGGCAGAAGGACUGUAUCCGCAACCUACUCUGGAUAUAUCAAUUGAAGAUCUUCCAGAAAAACAACCAGUGAAGUCUACCGUUACGUCGCGCGAGGAUGGACUGUACGAUAUCUUAUCAAGGACGGCGUUACUGGACGAGGAUUUGCCGGAAGCAGCGAUUGUCAAAUGCCUGCUCGGUAUACCGAAGGCGAACUACAACGUCUCCCACAAAGUCAUCUACUACCCCAGAAAUUUCGCUGGACGAUUGUCAGUUAGCGUCCUGCUAGUCAUAAUACACGCAACGCUGAUCAACUCGUUCAAUUAAUCGCGUAAUUAUUAGCGAACAACCUAAGACCCAAACGCAGUUAAAAACUGGCAACGCAUAAAACUAUUGUGUCAUAACGCAUCUAAAAGAAACUGAUCGAAAGACUUUGCGCGUACGUGAAACGUAGCAUCAGUUAAAAUGACAGGGAAACAUGUCCGUCAUAUUGGAUACAAGCGUGCACUGCGUCGCAGAGCAUGUAAAGACAUUGUACUAGUCAAGUGUUUGUACCGUGUAACAUUAAAUUUCAAAUUUAUUGUGACAAGUCGGUGCAGUUGGAAACCAAAGAAUUGGUAAUGAAAGACAGAAUUCUUUGCGAAGCUGUAAAUAAUGUUCAAUAUAUUUGAUCGUAUAUAUUACAGUUUGAAUCGAAUAUUAUAGACUGUGUUUGUUACUCUUCGUGUUACGCCAGAUUCGUACUACAUUGUUUAAAGUAUUUAAACGAAUAAGAUGUAUGGUAAUUUAUACGCAACGUACGGAGGAUAAUAUAUAAUAUAUAUAUAAAUAUAAAUAUGAAUGCCUAUAAAUAUACGACGAGGAACCGAAGAAAUGGAGGCUGUGUGGAUAUAUUGAUUAUACGUAACUUGAAUGUGCAAUUAUUUUAAUAUGUGUAAAUAGUUGUGAUAGUAUAUGUAUAGUGUCGAAAGAUGCAAUGGACGAAAAGUAUCGAGGUAUAACAUUUCUGUUUGAGGAAGUGAACUACUGAAUAAUUCAUCGUACGUGUUAACAGCAAAAUGGAAAAUAUUAUAGGUGUCUAUACAGAAUGAAGGGUAAAAAAGAAGUUAGAACAAUCCCGACUGUUUAAGAAGAUAAGUACCAAAUAAUCGAACCGAUGAUUUUAAUUUAUUGACAGAAUUAUAAAUCGUUUUUAUUAACAAUUCCAUGAAGCAGUAUUAGUUUUUAAUUUUAUUAGUAAGAUAUCUUUUGUGAUUUAGAAUAGGAAAGAGGAAUAUACUUGGUCGAACGAAGAAAUCCAAACUGUGCGCAUUAAGAUAAGGGUGUCAACUGUCCGAGUUUCCCCGGAUUUGUCCUGAUUUUUGGGACGUCCGUGGGAUUUCUCUGUAAUGAUGUGGAUUUCUAUUUAUGUUUCGAAAUUGGUAUUUUAUACGUUAUAUUGCAGGAUAAUAGUUUCUCCUUAUUCCUUAGGAAGACACGUACCUUUGAUAGGGUCAAGAAUAGUAUUUUCUUUUAGAGUGCUUUCUCAAAUUUCCAUUUAAGUCUCCGUAGAAUUAUUGGUCUUCUAUAUUUCUAUAUCGAUUAUUAGAUGUCCCGAAAUAAUUAUAUUCGGUCCUGACAAAUACUUCCUUGCCAUUUCGUGACACGAGUUCAUUCUUAUUUUUAAAAAUUGGAAGCAGCUAAAAAUCGGCUUAGAUAAGUUCAUUUAAUUUAGCACAGGUAUUUUUAGUUGCAAGUGCAAGACAUGUUAAAAUUUUCCCUGUUGUUUGAUAGCUCGAAGGUACGUGACUCCUUAAUUAGAAUUAUAAUAGUAAUUUGUGAUAUCGUGUCUAGUCUCGAGGUAAUUAAAUAUAACCGAAUUCCAGAAGGUAAGUCCGGGAUUCCAAUGCUCUCCAUUUGGAAAUUAAUAAUUUUAUAAAUGGUAAUCCUAAUCAAAGUCCGCGUCUGUGUAUUUGAACUAGGCCUAACGUAUAUAAAGAUAAAUCAUUUGCUACAAAUUAUUAGUAAAAGUUCCUUUGAUUUCGUAAGAGAAAAAUGUUAUCGUGUUAAAUUUUAUCAAACGAAACGUUAAUUUGCGUAUGCACUGUUUUCAGAAAUGGAUUAAAUGUAAAUACGGUCUGUGACGUGAACAAUUGAAUUCGUUCGAUUUCUCCAUGUUUUCAUUAACGAUUCAAGUUGUAUGCGCGUAACGAAGUAUAAUAAACGUUGUAAAUAAGUUGUAAAGAAGGUGGACCUAAUAAAGAAACAAGAGAUGUUCCCUUUUA